AACGGAGAUUUUCGAAUGUGGGGUCUGAAUCACAGUCCACACGAAGGAACAAAACCAAGAACACCACUUUACUUUCUCUUUCCUUCUCCGCCACUGUUAAGGCUUGAGAAGAAGACAAUGGUGGCUUGUGAAACAUGAAGAGGAGCACUGUGUUAUGCAUGUUCAAUGGCAUGUCAUUGUGCUUCUUACAAUGCCUUUACAUUUUCACCAACCAGAGAGUUCAUCACCACCACCACCACCAACCACAUCAUGUCAAAAACAUCAUCCACUACUACUAGAUGCAGACCCUUUCUCUUGUCCAUCACCAAUGCCACACCAUCCUACAACACCCUUGUUUCUGAGGCUGUUAGGCUUUUGGUUCCUUCAGCAAGAUUUGAAGCUUCAAAACUGAAGGUUGUUCUAUUGGAAGAUCAGAUAAACAAACACGCUAGUAUUAUUCCAAGAACCUACAUUCUAUCCCAUUGUGACUUUACAGCUAAUCUGACUUUAGCGGUGUCCAAUGUGAUCAACCUAGAGCAGUUGAGAGGGUGGUAUGAGAAGGAUGAUGUUGUAGCUGAAUGGAAGAAAGUGCAAAAUGAUAUGUGCCUACAUGUUCAUUGCUUUGUCAGUGGUCCCAAUUCCUUCCUGGAUCUGGCUGCUGAAUUGAGAUAUCACAUAUUCUCCAAGGAGAUGCCUUUGGUACUCAAAGCAAUUCAUUGUGGAGACUCUGCACUUUUCCGUGAGCAUCCUGAAUUGCUGGAUUCUAUAGUUAGAGUAUAUUUUCAUUCUUGCUCAGAAAAAUACAACAGGAUGGAAUGUUGGGGACCUCUCAGGGAUGCAAUGGAGGGAAAACAAGCAGAUCAGUUCCAAGGGUCAAUAAGAAGAGAUAGUCCUGAAAAGUUGCGGAGCCCAAAGUCCAUCUUCCAAGCUCUUUUUGCUUUUCUUCUUUGAAAUAUAUCAAUAACUUGGAUUAUUUGUUUGUAUCCCAAUUCCUCCCACAGCUCAGCAAUUCAGGUGGGUUAGACAAAGCAAAAUUCAGCUUGCAAGAAUGAACUAAUCCCAAAAAGAAACUAUGUAUCUUUGGGAAGACCCAAAACCAAAAGAAAAAUGUAAAGUUGCACAAAAGCAGAUUUCUUGUGCCACCAAGGCAAUUUGCUUUUAUGAUUUCUGUGACUGCUAUUGUAAAAUUUUAAAAUUAAAUAAUGAUACGUGGAUAAUUUUUAGCAUUA